UUAGCGGCUUAACAACUUUUGUCUACAAGUGUAAAAACCAUUCUUUUUUUAUUGCUAAAAAAGUUCAUUAUAAAUUUGCAAUGCAAAUUCGCUUAUACACAUUUAUUGUUCGAUUCUAAAUGAAAAUAUAUUUAUUUCUGCAUUGAAAAUUGAACACAAGUUCUCAAAUCUUCUUGCUCCCAAUUAGCUAUUGAUUGCUCAAAUAAAUUCUGCCGAAAAUUGUUUCAUUUCAUUUGCAAAUUAUUCUAGCGGCGCCCUAGUGUUGUUAAACAAUAAAAAUGGCAGAUGUUGAAAAGGCUACUGCCGAAAAGAAGAAUAGUAAUUUUAUUUGUGGAGUUAUUGAAGGUUUCUAUGGGCGACCUUGGACAACAGAACAAAGGAAGGAUCUGUUUCGCAAGCUCAAAAAAUGGGGAAUGGACUCGUAUGUGUAUGCUCCAAAGGACGACUACAAACAUCGAGCAUAUUGGCGAGAACUGUACACGGUGGAGGAAGCUGACCAUUUGACGAGUCUUAUUGCUGCCGCUAAAGAACAAGGGAUCGUGUUCUAUUAUGCCCUUUCCCCUGGGUUGGAUAUGAAUUAUAGCAAUCAAAAGGAAGUACAAACACUCAAACGAAAACUCGAACAAGUUGCUCAAUUUGGAUGCGAAGCAUUCGCUCUUCUGUUCGAUGAUAUCGAGUCUGAGUUAUCUAAAGCAGACAAGGAGAUCUUUCAAACUUUCGGCAAUGCACAGGUUUCAGUUACGAAUGAAAUCUUUUCUCAUUUGAACAAUCCAAAGUUUCUCUUCUGCCCAACUCAAUACUGCAGCUCCCGAGCUGUUCCCACAGUAACUGACUCUGAGUACUUGAAUACAUUGGGAUCGAAACUAAAUGUUGACAUCGAUAUUAUGUGGACCGGUAAUAAAGUUAUCUCGAAAAUAAUUACACUAGAAUCGAUUCAAGAAAUAACGGAAGUCUUGCGUCGUCCUCCGGUUAUAUGGGAUAAUUUGCAUGCAAAUGAUUAUGACCAAAAGCGUGUAUUUUUGGGUCCAUAUUCGGGCCGGUCUCCCGAAUUGAUUCCAUAUCUACGUGGAGUGAUGACAAAUCCUAAUUGCGAGUUCCAUGCAAACACAAUUGCCAUACACACGCUAGCAUAUUGGUCAAAGUGCAGUUUAGAUAAUAAGAUUAACAGUACAUUUUCUGCUGAUAUAAAACUCGAAACUGAAAAUGAUGAUGGUAUAAGUAACGAAGGAGUACCUAGUUGUUUGUCGAAGAACAUUUAUCAUCCGCGGGUUGCAUUAAAAAAUGCAAUUCUUGAAUGGUUGCCUGAGUUUUCGAUUGAAAAGGAAGCGUGGGGACCGAUUACUAAACCUCAACCUCAAGUAACGAUGGUGAUGCCAAUUAUCCCAAUUAUUCCGUCUAUCAAUACAUGCAUGAGUCUGACAACAACAACAACUACAUCAACAAAUUCAAAAACAUCAACAGUUCCUGAAGUGAACACGAAUCAGUUACAAGCUUUAGCUGAUGUUUGCAGCACAGUAAAUUCGUCUAGUGUAAAUCCAAUAUCGAAUUCUGUAAUGAAUUCAUUAGUUUCAGCCACAAAAGUCAUAACUAAUGAUGACAUUUUGAAUCCAAUUACCACAAAUGUUGCCACCACAAUAGAAAUGCCCAAAAAGAUUCCCAUAUCCAGUGUGCCAGUGCCGAUAAUGCAUGUAAAGAAUGAAGAAACUAAAGCUCCUAUUGAAGAUGUAGAAAUAACGAAUACGUCGACGAACGCUUGUGAAGAAAUCGAAAUAAAGACAACAAAAACAAAUGAAAUUGAGCCUGUGGAUUAUCCAAUUGAAGACGAUUGUCUUACGAAUGAAGUGGGCACAGUUACAAACGCUGUUGCGGAAGCUGCCCCAUUAGCCAAUGUUAAUGAUUCAGUCGAGAAACGUGAUGGAAUAGAAACAGUUCAAAUGGAAGAAAAUAAUUUGUCACCGUUUAGCGGCAACGAACCGAUGGAGUGUAGUAGUAGUUUAGCAUCACAAACGUCUCCGAAGGAAAUUGGCAAGAUCGUUUCGGAUGAUGUUAUAAUGUCCGAAACAGUCAAUGAAUUUAAUGUAACCUGUUCGGCAAAUAGUAUGCAAGUGGAAAGUUCCGAACCAUCACCCAUAUCAAAUACAGAAAUGGCCGACGACGAGGAGAAAGUCAACGACCAAGUGAUAACAGUAGAUGAUUUAUAUUUACUUUGCGACUUAUUUUACUUACCAUUUGAGCAUGGCAGCAGGGGCUCAAAGUUGCUGAAUGAAUUCAAUUGGCUUAAAGCAAAUGCUUUUGUGUUGUUGGGUGUUCGAAAGAAAAGUGAUCCACCUAAACCAGAGAUUAUCGAAUGGGAAGAACGUGCUGAUAAAUUCUCUGCUUUAUGUCAAGCAGUUCAAAACCUCUCCAACAAACUGUCGCGUUGCGCAAAUAAGGAAAUAUGCUACGAUCUCUUUUCGUAUGUUUGGGAUAUGGCGGGAACGCUUAUGCUCUUAAAUGCAUUUAUCAAAUGGUUAUCCCUUGCCCACUUUCCAAGCAAUGUUUACUCCUAUACCCAAGGCAGUUAUACAUGGUUUAGUAAAGGAUGGAAAGAAAACUUUAUGUCAGGUGAUCAAGAACCGUGGGUUUUCCGUGGUGGCUUAACUGCAGAUUUACAGAGACUGAUGCCUGUAGAUUCGGGCAAUGAUCUGUUCAUAUAUAAGCUUCCCGAUGCACCAACAUCAUCCUACUACACAAUUCGACCAUAUAGUCCGAUAGACGAACCGGAUGUUAACCGAGUUUGUCAAGAAGUUUUCAAAGCAUCGGACAAAAUUCUCCCAGGAAACCUCGGUGAAAGUAUUUCGGACAACACUGUAGGACCUUUUAUCACUCUCACUCCCGAAUUCUGUAUGGUGGCUCUUAAUUCAUUUAAUACAAUCAUCGGAUACGGAUGCGCUGCACCUGACCUAAAGACGUUCGUUAGAAAUUUUGAAAUGUGCUGGAUACCAAGUAUGCACGAGAAAUAUCCACUGAGUCUCCUUGAAAGUACAGAGAAUCUCGACGAAGAAAUAAAAGACAUCAUCAAUGGAUUCUACAAUUUUAAGUACGACUGCCCUCAGGAAAUCAUCGCCAGCCAUCCGUCAGUGAUGACGGUCGGCAUUCUAAACGAGGAUCUUGCGAUGGAUGGCAUAGCUAAGCGGUUGGUUACUGCUUUGUUGGCGGCUCUAAGAUCGAACGGAUCCUUCGGAGUACAUGUCCGACUAUCUGAGAAGGAAACCAACCAGAUACAAUUUUACACGAAACUCGGCUUCACCGAAAUCCAUCGCAAUGUAAACAGUGGUCAGAUCUACUUUGGAAGGCAUUUCUAGCAGAUACAGAGUGAACUAUUAGUUUUAAAACAAAUCAAAAUAUGAGAGAGCGAAAGAUUGUGCUUUACAAGUUGCUUGUAAGUUUCCUUAACAAAACAAACGUUUUCUUUCAUUUGUAUUAUGUUUUCAUUUGGAAUUGCUUUAUAAUUCAUGAGAUUUUGAGUAUAAUUGCAUUUAGAUAACAAAAGCUCAAUUUUCGAUGAGUCCUACACAUUUUAUUCUUUUAUGUUUUCUAAAAACGAUGCACAAAUUUAAACAGAUAUCGCACAUCUUAUUAAAGUAAUAACCCAAUGCUAAACAUAUCUCUAGAAAAACAGAUGUAGCUGCUGCUGUCGAUUAAGUCUUUUAUACAAUGGGUAUUUUGAAUAUCGACUCCUUACUGCCUUAGCUUGAUAAGAAACGAUGUGCAUUAAGUAGAAAUCCAUUUACGCACGCUUUUGAAUUUU